AUGGCAGGUGGCGAGGGGAUUUUUGAGGCGCCUCAAAAAUCACAAGAAAGCACCUACUUGGUGGUGAAUGGGAAGAGCACCUACUUGGUGGUGAAUGGGAAGAGCACCUACUUGGUGGUGAAUGGGCAGAGCACCUACUUGGUGGUGAAUGGGAAGAGCACCUACUUGGUGGUGAAUGGGAAGAGCACCUACUUGGUGGUGAAUGGGCAGAGCACCUACUUGGUGGUGAAUGGGAAGAGCACCUACUUGGUGGUGAAUGGGCAGAGCACCUACUUGGUGGUGAAUGGGCAGAGCACCUACUUGGUGGUGAAUGGGAAGAGCACCUACUUGGUGGUGAAUGGGAAGAGCACCUACUUGGUGGUGAAUGGGCAGAGCACCUACUUGGUGGUGAAUGGGCAGAGCACCUACUUGGUGGUGAAUGGGAAGAGCACCUACUUGGUGGUGAAUGGGCAGAGCACCUACUUGGUGGUGAAUGGGCAGAGCACCUACUUGGUGGUGAAUGGGCAGAGCACCUACUUGGUGGUGAAUGGGCAGAGCACCUACUUGGUGGUGAAUGGGAAGAGCACCUACUUGGUGGUGAAUGGGCAGAGCACCUACUUGGUGGUGAAUGGGCAGAGCACCUACUUGGUGGUGAAUGGGCAGAGCACCUACUUGGUGGUGAAUGGGCAGAGCACCUACUUGGUGGUGAAUGGGCAGAGCACCUACUUGGUGGUGAAUGGGCAGAGCACCUACUUGGUGGUGAAUGGGCAGAGCACCUACUUGGUGGUGAAUGGGCAGAGCACCUACUUGGUGGUGAAUGGGCAGAGCACCUACUUGGUGGUGAAUGGGAAGAGCACCUACUUGGUGGUGAAUGGGAAGAGCACCUACUUGGUGGUGAAUGGGCAGAGCACCUACUUGGUGGUGAAUGGGAAGAGCACCUACUUGGUGGUGAAUGGGAAGAGCACCUACUUGGUGGUGAAUGGGAAGAGCACCUACUUGGUGGUGAAUGGGAAGAGCACCUACUUGGUGGUGAAUGGGAAGAGCACCUACUUGGUGGUGAAUGGGCAGAGCACCUACUUGGUGGUGAAUGGGAAGAGCACCUACUUGGGGGUGAAUGGGCAGAGCACCUACUUGGUGGUGAAUGGGCAGAGCACCUACUUGGUGGUGAAUGGGCAGAGCACCUACUUGGUGGUGAAUGGGAAGAGCACCUACUUGGUGGUGAAUGGGAAGAGCACCUACUUGGUGGUGAAUGGGAAGAGCACCUACUUGGUGGUGAAUGGGAAGAGCACCUACUUGGUGGUGAAUGGGCAGAGCACCUACUUGGUGGUGAAUGGGCAGAGCACCUACUUGGUGGUGAAUGGGCAGAGCACCUACUUGGUGGUGAAUGGGCAGAGCACCUACUUGGUGAGCACCUACUUGGUGGUGAAUGGGAAGAGCACCUACUUGGUGGUGAAUGGGAAGAGCACCUACUUGGUGGUGAAUGGGAAGAGCACCUACUUGGUGGUGAAUGGGAAGAGCACCUACUUGGUGGUGAAUGGGCAGAGCACCUACUUGGUGGUGAAUGGGCAGAGCACCUACUUGGUGGUGAAUGGGCAGAGCACCUACUUGGUGGUGAAUGGGCAGAGCACCUACUUGGUGGUGAAUGGGCAGAGCACCUACUUGGUGAGCACCUACUUGGUGGUGAAUGGGAAGAGCACCUACUUGGUGGUGAAUGGGCAGAGCACCUACUUGGUGGUGAAUGGGCAGAGCACCUACUUGGUGAGCACCUACUUGGUGGUGAAUGGGCAGAGCACCUACUUGGUGGUGAAUGGGCAGAGCACCUACUUGGUGGUGAAUGGGCAGAGCACCUACUUGGUGGUGAAUGGGCAGAGCACCUACUUGGUGGUGAAUGGGCAGAGCACCUACUUGGUGGUGAAUGGGCAGAGCACCUACUUGGUGGUGAAUGGGCAGAGCACCUACUUGGUGGUGAAUGGGCAGAGCACCUACUUGGUGGUGAAUGGGCAGAGCACCUACUUGGUGGUGAAUGGGCAGAGCACCUACUUGGUGGUGAAUGGGCAGAGCACCUACUUGGUGGUGAAUGGGCAGAGCACCUACUUGGUGGUGAAUGGGCAGAGCACCUACUUGGUGGUGAAUGGGCAGAGCACCUACUUGGUGGUGAAUGGGCAGAGCACCUACUUGGUGGUGAAUGGGCAGAGCACCUACUUGGUGGUGAAUGGGAAGAGCACCUACUUGGUGGUGAAUGGGCAGAGCACCUACUUGGUGGUGAAUGGGCAGAGCACCUACUUGGUGGUGAAUGGGCAGAGCACCUACUUGGUGGUGAAUGGGCAGAGCACCUACUUGGUGGUGAAUGGGCAGAGCACCUACUUGGUGGUGAAUGGGCAGAGCACCUACUUGGUGGUGAAUGGGCAGAGCACCUACUUGGUGGUGAAUGGGCAGAGCACCUACUUGGUGGUGAAUGGGCAGAGCACCUACUUGGUGGUGAAUGGGCAGAGCACCUACUUGGUGGUGAAUGGGCAGAGCACCUACUUGGUGGUGAAUGGGAAGAGCACCUACUUGGUGGUGAAUGGGCAGAGCACCUACUUGGUGGUGAAUGGGCAGAGCACCUACUUGGUGGUGAAUGGGCAGAGCACCUACUUGGUGGUGAAUGGGCAGAGCACCUACUUGGUGGUGAAUGGGCAGAGCACCUACUUGGUGGUGAAUGGGCAGAGCACCUACUUGGUGGUGAAUGGGCAGAGCACCUACUUGGUGGUGAAUGGGCAGAGCACCUACUUGGUGGUGAAUGGGCAGAGCACCUACUUGGUGGUGAAUGGGCAGAGCACCUACUUGGUGGUGAAUGGGAAGAGCACCUACUUGGUGGUGAAUGGGCAGAGCACCUACUUGGUGGUGAAUGGGCAGAGCACCUACUUGGUGGUGAAUGGGCAGAGCACCUACUUGGUGGUGAAUGGGCAGAGCACCUACUUGGUGGUGAAUGGGCAGAGCACCUACUUGGUGGUGAAUGGGCAGAGCACCUACUUGGUGGUGAAUGGGCAGAGCACCUACUUGGUGGUGAAUGGGAAGAGCACCUACUUGGUGGUGAAUGGGCAGAGCACCUACUUGGUGGUGAAUGGGCAGAGCACCUACUUGGUGGUGAAUGGGCAGAGCACCUACUUGGUGGUGAAUGGGAAGAGCACCUACUUGGUGGCUGCGCUACCGCAGCAGGCAGAGGGGCUUCCUGGAGUUGGAUCUGCUGCUGGGCAACUUGGUGGUGCUUUCUUCCCACACCUGAUUGCACCAUGCUCUACCCGUCGCUCAUCGCACUCCCCUCCCUUCCCCCACAGGCUGCGCUACCGCAGCAGGCAGAGGGGUUUCCUGGAGCUGGAUUUGCUGCUGGGCAAGUGGGUGGAGGAGCACCUGCCUUCCCUCGACGCCUCCCAUCUCACUGCUCUUGCACGCCUCAUGGACGAGGAGAGUCCGGAUCUCUUCAAGUGGUUUACCGGACAGGAGAAGGCCCCACAGCAUGUCUCUCAGAACCCUGUGUAUCUCUCUAUUCGCAGCAAAGUAGAGGAGAAACUUCAUCUCAUGCACCCAGCAGUGAAGGCAACACCUGGCCUGCCGUGGGUGCGGGGGUGGGAGGACAUGCAGAGGCAACCAGGCGCCCCCCCUGCUGGCAACCAGUAG